AUAACACGACUGGUCUCCUUAUUAAUUAUUGCUAAUACUAAUAUUAUUGUUAUUAUCACUAUUAUUAUAUGAUUAUGAUUUUAUUAUUAUUAUUAAUAGGAUGGUGUUUAUUAUUAUUGUUAUUAUUAUUAUUAUUAUUACCAGUAUUAAUAUUAUUAUUAUGAGCACUACCAUUAUCAUCAUGGCUUUCAUAUUAUUAGGAUUAUGAUGAUUAUUAAUAAUUAUAGUACCAUGGUCAUCAUGAUGCCCUGAUGGAAGACAACAAUUAUUAUGACCAGAAUUAAAUUAUCACCAUCACCAAUUUAAUAUCUCAUCAAACCACGUACCACAGUUCCAUUAUCCCAUAGGGGGUUACUUUAUGAUGUUCUGCUGAGCCCAGCGCCGCCGCUCCCAUAACGCGCAUCGCUCUGCCGUGAUACGCGCCGACACAGCCGCGCACACAGGUGAGCACACUUUCACAAGAACAACUCACGAGCACGAGAAGGCAUCGCCAUUGGUCAGUUGGAAAACGUUGACCGCCCCGAUCGGUCGCAGUCGUCUAAAACUGGUUAGUUUAAGUUUGUUUUUUAAAUAUGGCAACUAGUCCCAGGAUCACCCGGCUGGAGGAGAAGCGGCAGCUCCAGGACCUCAACGAUCGUCUGGCGGUGUACAUUGACAAGGUCCGCAGCUUGGAGUCGGAGAACGACGUCCUCCAGUUGACCAUCACGGAGAAGGAGGACGUCAGGAGCCGCGAGGUGACUGGACUCAAGGCCCUCUACGAGACGGAGCUAGCGGACGCCCGGAGGAGCCUGGACGAGUCCUCCAAGGAGCGGGCCCGGCUGCUGAUCGAGCUGGGGAAGAUCCAGAGCGAGCACCAGCAGCUACUGCUCAACUAAGGCCCCGUUGACCUGUAACGAUGUAGCGCUAAUGCGGCCCAGACU